AUGGAAGAAGAAUCAGUUGAUUUAGGCUCAGGUCAAGUACGCAAUGAGUUUUCCGCCGAUCCCUACAUCAACCCAACAUUAUUGUCCCUACAAAGUGCAUGGUAUUCUUUCGUAUUCACUCUCGGGGUGAUCGGCAAUAUCUACAUAAUCUUGACGGUGUGGUGCCGAAAAGAAAUGUCUUCUACAAUCAACUGGUUCAUUGUAAACUUGGCAUUUAGCGAUCUUGGGAUUUUGCUGAUCUCUCUUCCAGCGGAGUACAUCAGAGACUAUUUUUCGUGGCCAUUCAAUAAAUUGACGUGCCAGCUAUUUGUUCCCUUGAAUGAAGUGUUUUUUUGCGUGUCAAUAUUUACACUCACAAUUAUAACCAUCGAGAGGUUUCGGGUGAUUUGCCGUCCGUUUAAGCCAAGGUUGACCGAGAAGAAAGCCAAAAUAGUCAUUGUGUUGGUCUGGAUUGUAGCCUACUUGGCCGUCGGUUUGCCAGUGUCGUUUCUUAUGGAGGUAGAAAAGAUGGACAGUGACCUAAAAUGUCUUCUGAAAUGGCCCGGUGUCCUGCAAAGACGCCUCCACACUUGUUUCAUCGUCACUCUUGUAAUCGUACCGUUGCUCAUAACUGCAGCUGGGUAUGCUGCGAUUGUUUCAACAAUGAGGAAGCAAAGCUCACGAAUCCGUGCAAGAACAAACUCCAUCAGUAGUAACAGCUUGACAUUUCGCAGGGACAUGAUUUGCUUGCAACAAAAUGCCAAACUCAUCAAAAUGCUUCUGCUAAUUGUUAUUGUGUUCUGGGUAUGCAUGAUGCCCCUCGCCAUUCUAGCGUUGGCAAAUGAGUUUGGUAGCAUAAACAUCAAACAUGGACUGUCUGCAUUUUGUGUAGCACUUUUCUUCAGUAACAGCGCUUUUAACCCCAUAGCUGUCUACGUCAUGAGUUCAGAAUUGCGAGAAGGGCUCUAUAGAUUAUUUCAGAGAGUUUUAACAUGUUUUACUGGUCAGAUUCUAAACGAGUUGUGA